AUGGGAAAGUGGGUGGAAUUAUUAGAUACAGGGGUGAGAAUAGCAGCAAGAUUUCAUUCUCACUGCCCACAAACUGGACGCUUGUAUUACCAUCCUCCAUCCGGUUCUGAAGAUCAGCAUCAUCAUCACUACUUUGACCAAGCCCAGAAGCCCACCAAUGGCAGCCAUGCUCAAUUUGAUGGCAUCUUCACCAGUUGUGGUGUCAAGGCAGCAGCUAUGGAGGCCAACACCAAUGAGGCUUUUUUGUAUUCUGUUUUGUGA